CCAAACACAAACUUACACUAUCCUCUCUUUUCUUUUCUCUCCCUAUCCCUCCAAAUCAACCCUACCAAACACACCCUAAAAGUCUCGAUAAUUCUCGAGUGCCAUUCAGCCGUCUUUACAGAAAUUCUCGGACUUUCCCACUCAUUUUCCCGGAAAAUUCCCGAGAAAAUCCGAUGGCCUCUUCCAGGCUCCCCUGGCGACUCGCAUCUCGUCUUCUCCUCCGCAACACCACCCUCCUCCAACUCCAACCCUCUCUUCACCACCACCAACCCCCAAUCUUCACCAUCCCCAAAUCUCCAUCGUUGAUCUCCUUCCUCCAAUCUCAGCGCUCCGAUCUCCGCUUCUUCUCCACCGCCCGGCGGAAACCGGUCCGUCCCAACAAGGUCGACAUCGGCGCACGCGCUCGGCAGCUCCAGAACCGCCGCCUCUGGACCUAUGCCCUAACUUUCAGCUGUAUCGCAGGCUUCGUAGUCAUAGUGCUCAACAAUUUUCAAGAUCAAUUGGUUUUCUACGUCACUCCCACUGAUGCUCUUUCCAAGUACUCCACAAACCCUUCCAAGAGCAAGUUCCGACUCGGCGGUUUGGUGCUCGAGGGCAGUGUGGCCCAGCCGGCGUCGUCGCCGGAGAUGGAGUUCGUGAUUACCGACUUAAUUACCGACAUGUUGGUCCGGUAUCAAGGGUCGUUGCCGGAUUUGUUCCGAGAGGGGCAUUCGGUGGUGGUGGAAGGGUUUGUAAAGCCGCUGCCGGAGGAAAUCAAGAAGGAGGUGUCGGCGAAGAGUGUUUCCGGUAAGGCGAGGAGUGGGGACUGUUAUUUUGCGGCGACGGAGGUGCUGGCAAAGCACGACGAGAAGUAUAUGCCUACGGAGGUGGCGGCAGCAAUCGAGAAGAAUAAGAAGAAGAUUGCAGCAGGUGAGGUGGAGGGUGUGGAAGCUACAGUUUCUGGCUCGUAGAUAAAUGGGUAUGAUAUGAUAUUGAAUAUAUAACUUCUUGAUUAUUCUACUGUUUGAACUGCAUUGAGGAAACAAAUAUGAAUUUUGCAUUGAGGAGGGUAGAUAGAAAAAAUAGUCUUUUUGAUUCAGACUUUUGAGUUUAUGAUUUUGUUGUUGUAGUGCGAGAUUUAUUGCAUUUGAUUAUGAUCAUUUAACAUUUGUGUGGGUUUAGGCCCUUGAUUUGAAGGAAUAAUAAAUAAAUGCCAUUCAGGAUUCAGUUAUUAUUUUA